GGGGAGGAGGAAUGAACGCGAGCGAUAACAGACGGGCUGGUUUAGGUCGCAAAUGAAAUCAAACAGACCGGGACACCAAAAGAAAAGUCAGACGGCUGCAAAGGCACAACGAAAAAAGAGAUAGAGCAAACAGACAGCAAACAAAAAAUACUGCAUUAAUAGAGCCGCAGACAAAAAAACAAGCCCUUAAAUAGCCAUUCGCUGAUGUAUUUAGAAAAAAGAUGAGUAGACGAUACUGAUUGGAGUUGACAAGCCCGCUCCGCUACUGAAUCCACUCUCCCUCCCCCUCUCCCAAACCAGGAAAUCGUCGAGUGUGCUCUGGCUUUCCCCUGUUGGCUCUCCCAGAUCCCGGUGUGGGCAGAUACAUGUGCAUUUCGUCGCGAGUAUCGACUUUUGUUUUGUUUGUUUUUUUGUUUUUCCAAACUCCGGCAAAAGAUCUGAGCCACAAAAAGACAAUCAGGGAGAGGAUCCACACUCUCGCCUAACAAUGAGUGAGUCCAGUAUUUGCCAGGCCCGGGCCACGGUGAUGAUCUAUGACGAUGGCGGUAAGAAGUGGGUCCCGGCUGGAACGGGCCCGCAGAGCAUCAGCCGGGUGCAGAUCUACCACAACCCCUCCAGCAACGCCUUCAGGGUGGUGGGACGCAAGAUGCAGACGGACCAGCAGGUGGUGAUAAACUGUCCAAUCCAGAAGGGGUUGAAAUACAACCAGGCCACGGCCAACUUCCACCAGUGGAGGGACGCGCGGCAGGUGUGGGGGCUCAAUUUUAGCAGCAAAGAAGACGCAACGCUGUUCGCCACCAGCAUGACGCACGCGCUGGAUGUGCUGAGCUCCCUCCCUGACUCGGGUUUCUCCUCGCUCCCCCGCCCCCCGCAGAAUGGACCGUCCCCAGAGGAGCUGGAGCAGCAGAGAAGGCUGGAACAGCAGGAGAAAGAAAGACAGGAAAGAGAGAGGCAGGAGAGAGAGAGACAGGCAGCAGCGGCUGCAGCACCACCUCCCACUCCACCCAUGGCCCCAGGAGGUCCCCCUCCUCCACCUGGCCCCCCUCCUCCACCGGGCCCCCCACCUCCAUCUGGGCCCCCCCCGCCACCGGGCCCCCCUCCUUCAGGCGGACCCCCUCCCGCCCCGCCGCUCCCCGUGUCUGGAGGAGGUGGAGGUGGUGGAGGCGAUGGGCUAGGCGGGGGCUUAGCUGCAGCCCUCGCUGGGGCCAAACUACGCAAAGUGCCCAAGGAUGACGGAGGAGGUGGAGCACCAGCCCCCAAGCCGGACGCCAGCCGCACUAGCGCCACACUGCCAGCAGGGGGCGGAGGCCUGAUGGGGGAAAUGAGCGCCAUACUUGCCCGACGGAGAAAAGCCACCGACAAGGGGGAGAAGGUGGUCGCGAAGGCCGAAGAGCCUAGCAACGACGACUCCGAGCCCUCAGAUUCCGUCAAGAGACCCUGGGAAAAAGCUUCUACUAUGCCCAGGCAUAACUCCGUCUCCAGUCGCAUGGAACCCACAUUCUCCCCAUCAACGCUGUCCAGGAUGAAGCAGGUAUCCAGCAGUAAUGACUCUGGAAGUGGAGAGGAAUCGGAGAUGGAGAGAAUCAAACAGGAGCUGCUGGAGGAAGUUCGCAAGGAGCUGCAGAAAGUUAAAGAGGAGAUUAUUGGAGCAUUUAUCCAGGAGCUGCAGAAGAGAGGCUCCACAUAGUCCUGCAGGAGCUCUGGAAAGGGAUGGAUGGAGAGAGGGAGAGAAAGAGAGAGAGAGCGGGAUGGAAGGAUGUAGGGGAAGAGGGACCCAGUUAGGUGGGGUGGGGUUGGAUUGUCAUUUACCCUUCCCCCUCACAUCUCCCCCCACACCCUCUGUCUUCCUCCCCAACACUCUUAUGUGCAACCCAAGGAACACAUGCGCGUGCACACACCAACACCAACAUCAACACCAACAUUAACACAAACACAGAUACAGACACAGACACACAAACACAAAGCCCAAGAAUGUAUCAUAUGCUGGGAACAUACCACACCCCUCUCUCUCUCCCUCCCUCCCUCCCUCUCUCUCUGUCUGACCCCUCCGUGCAUCCCACUCUUAAACUUGGCUUCAUGUACAGUCCCAUUGUUUAAGAUCCACGAUUGGUCAGAGUCACAAGUUUCAUAUCUCUUCAUAUCCCUCCAUCUCUCUCACAGCCCCCCCCCCACGCCCAUCCCCACCCCCAUAUCACCUGACACAUUUUCCUUACCGCUUCAUCACCUUUUUUAUGCAUCUCACCAAAACUCUUACUUGAGUCUCCAGUAUUCAGGGAAUGUUAUUCUGAACAAUAACUACACUAAAGGUGCACUAGCGCAGACGGCUUUUUACAUUUCCUUUGCCUUCCCUGCCUGCUAAAGCUGCUGCCUAAUACCAAGCAAUCAGAAUAAAGGUCUUAGCGUCUCCAACCCUGGGCCUUGAGAGCCCCCGGCUCUGCUGGGUUUAUGUUCUUACUCGGCACUUAAUCAAUCACACUUGAUCAAUUACAGCAGCUGAUAGCGCAGUUAACGCUCCUCACUUGGUUUCUUGGGCCUUAAUUGGUUGUUGAUUUUAAUAUUGAAAGCAAUCCAGCUGAUCCCUGUAGAUUCUCCAGGACCAGGGUUUCGGGGAGCCCCGAUAGAGGGCUUUUCAUACGGGCUCUGAAAGGAUCGGUCAGGCAGGGCAGAGCUAAGUUUGAGCGUGUAGUGGCGUCGGUGGACAUCUGUACAGUCAUAAUAGGGGCCGUAGGGAAAUGGCCGCUUGUCUGGGGCCCCUGCUGCAGGACUGGAGGGGUCGCGACCACCCCCCUCCCCCACGUACACGCCAAACCGCACAGGCACGAGAAGAGGCGGAUGCUGGGAAGUUGGGAAGAGGAGUUGUGGCUGCCCUCCACAAAGCCAUGUGUGUUGCCUCUGCUACCGCUCUCCAUUGUAACCAGGUCCAGGGGAAGGGGGGAUGGAAGAAAUGAAAAGAAAGAACACACAGAUGGAGGGAGCUGGUCCUUUCUGCAGGAGACAUGGCUAAAGGCACCCCGGGCUGCACGGCCCCGUGGAAACGGGGUCCUGCUUCUGGCUCGACCGUUCUGCCUGUCGUUUCCAUCGCAAGCCUCGCGGUUCUCAAACUCUGCUCCUCUCUUUCCUUUAAGGUCUGUUGAUAUACAUCAUCAUAUGGAGAGAGAGAAAUAACUUGGCUACGACUAAGCCUGAUAACUGCCUUGGAGAAUAUAUAUAUAUAAUAUAUAUAUAUAGCGUAUAUAUAUAUAGCGUAUAUAUAUAUAUAUAUAUUUGUUUUUGAGGGAAAUUGAAAAGCAAAAAAUAAGAUGUUUCUAUUUUAAUUGAGAUUACUGGUGAAUGGGGAAUUUUUUGAUGAUUUCUUUUCUUUUUAAAAAGAUUAUUUUGGGUUUAUUGUUGUUUUUUUCUAUUAGAGUAUAGCCUUUUUACACUGAAAUAUAAAGAAAAUGGCGUACAGACACUGGACUAGACAUGCCUUUAUAGUCAAAUACAGUCGCUUCUUCUGCA